GACAGCUACAUUCCGGGAUCCUUUUCUGCAGUUCAGAGAUUGGUUUAGGUACCAACCCGAACAGAGUCGUCUGCACACCUAGCUUGUACGGGUCGGACCGCUGGGAAGCCAAGCUUUACUGUUCCAUAUCACCUCUCCCAGGGUAUAUCCAAAGCAUGGUCAUGGCUUGGACAGGCAUUCCCUAGGGUUUCGGAACUUGGUUGACAGGUAAUUAUAAUGGGGUGCAGGCCCAGCCAGCACCAACGAUUUGAAGUAUGGCUCGCUACGCUCACCCCUCUCUUCGCUUCGCUCCGAACUCGCUCCGCUCGGACAAACCCUCCGGGCCUCUCUCUGGUCGAAGUCGCUCCGCUCCUACCGUUCCGCUACUCACUCCGUUCGGGGACAGGCACCGGGACCGGCAUGAUCCUGUUCAAUCUCGGCAAGGCUGCAGGGCUAGAAAGCUACGCGGGCCUCGAACCGUCGCGGUCGGCAGCCUCGUUCGUCGCCGACUGGGUCAAGUCCGACCCGGCCCUGGCCGGCCGGGUCGAGGUCCACGUCGGCACAGCGACAGAUGCGGGCCAGCUGGACAGGCCACGCCCAGACCUGGUGGUGCUUAACUCCGUCGUUCAGCUUUUCCCUUCGCCCAUCCAAGUACCCGAUCGAGGCCACAGACGCCCUCGCUCAAAUCUAGCACUUCCACCCUCAUUUUUCCUGCCUCGCCGUACCUCCUUUGACCGUGGUAUGUCGCUGCGAGGUUCGCCAUGCUCUGGAUCGUAUCGGGAUGCUUGGCGCCGAGCACGUGUACGAUUUGGCUAUUACGUGUAAUAGCUUGGGCCGGUACAAUGAAGCACUGGCGAUAAUGGACGAUUGCGUCCGGUUAUGGCGCCGCGUCCUUGGUCCGAACCACC